UUUGAUAAACCGAAGAUAUCGAUGAACUGACGCAAUCGAAAACGACCUUUUUACAACUCUGUUACUUUCUGGUGGCGUCGCAUGGUGACAGUGUGCGCGAAAUAGUUCGUUGGGCGACACUUGCACGAUGUUUUUCAACCAACCCCUUCCAGAAGGUAGUGCCAGAGCUCCAAUAUUUCGUGCCAGGACCAGGAUCGACAGCGGGGAAACAGGGGAGAGGAAUUUGCCGGAGGGAAAUGAGAGCCCCUCGUUUGUGGCAACUGCCCCCUUUUCUGGUGGGGAACCAGAACUACCAAAUGAGAUUUCCGCUCCCUACGAAGUUCCUCAAUUCCCCAUAGAACAGAUCGAAAAAAAAUUGGCUAUCCAAAGGCAACUGAAUUACAAAGUUAAUGAAGAUAGACGUAGUCACUAUGAACCGUCGGUUGCAGGACCUGUUGAGGUCGAAGAUCUGGAUGAGCAUGAUCUCUAUGUGCCACAUUUCCAGAGAGUGUCUAUUUCUGGCGAGGACACUAGUGGGGUACCACUGGAAGACCUUGAAAGAGCUUCCAAGCUCAUCAUUCAAGCCCUGCUUAUCCGAAAACGCUAUAUGAAAAUGUCUCACCAAAGUUUUUCCUCCACGGUCGCUAGAUUCUUGGAUCCAGACAAAGAACAACAGCACCAUGACGAGAAGCAGUCAAUAGAAGAUCGAGAAUAUGCUGAGCUGCUGACAAGAACGGCUAGAGCUUCGUUUGACGAUUUCAUGUUGGGAACACUCAACAAAGAUAAUCUCGAGCAGAUUCUCACCGAUGAGGGUUUGGAAGAUCAUGGGAUCCACCCACCGAACCACAAAGCUUGGGAAGCUCCGGACACGCCAGAUACUGAGCACGUCUACAAAAAGAAUCGCGGUGUCUACAACGUUUAUCCCAAUGGAAUCGAAAUGAAAAACGAAAAGCCGUGUCCUUACGAAUACCCGGAUGUCGUCACCUUCACCACAGAUUUCUACAACAUGUGCAAUAUGAUUGCAGACGGACCUCUGAAAUCAUUUUGCUACCGGCGCUUGACCUACCUGUCGUCAAAGUUCCAGCUGCACGUCCUCCUCAACGAACUGCGCGAGCUGGCCUCUCAGAAAGCGGUGCCUCACAGGGAUUUCUACAAUAUCCGCAAGGUCGAUACACAUAUACACGCAGCAUCAUGCAUGAACCAAAAACACCUGUUGCGGUUCAUCAAAAAGACCCUCAAGAACUGUGCUGACGAAGUAGUGUCGGUUACCAAAGGGGUACCAAUGACACUAAAAGAAGUAUUUCAGGUAAGUAUCUAUAGGACUAAGAUCUUGAGGUCGAAUAGGAUUUAUGAAAACUGUAUUUACUUUCCCCAGUCGAUGAGCCUGACGACCUAUGAUCUGACCGUCGAUAUGUUGGACGUCCAUGCAGAUAGGAACACCUUCCAUCGCUUCGACAAGUUCAACGCCAAGUACAACCCAAUAGGAGAGAGCAGGCUCAGAGAGGUGUUCAUGAAGACGGACAACUACCUCAACGGCAAGUACUUCGCUAAUAUCAUCAAAGAGGUCGCCAGCGAUUUGGAAGAAUCAAAAUAUCAGAACGCUGAGUUGAGGCUCAGCAUUUAUGGAAAAAGCACAGAUGAGUGGGAUAAACUCGCCAAGUGGGCACUGGAAAACAACGUGUACUCAGAUAAUGUUCGCUGGCUGAUACAAGUGCCCAGGCUUUUCGACAUCUUCAAGCUAAACAAAGUCCUGACCAACUUCGAACAAGUCAUCGACAACAUCUUCCUUCCGCUGUUCGAGGUGACAGCAAAGCCGAGCUCCCACCCCGAGCUCCACACCUUCCUGCAGUACGUCAUCGGCUUCGACUCGGUGGAUGACGAGAGCAAACCUGAGAAAAAUCCCCUCUUCGACAAAGACACCCCCACUCCCGAGGAGUGGAACGACGUGGAGAACCCCAACUACGCUUACUACCUGUACUACAUGUACGCCAACCUGACGGUGUUGAACAACUUCAGAGCCGAGAAGGGGCUCCACCCGUUUGCGCUGAGGCCCCAUUGCGGGGAGGCGGGACCGGUGCAGCAUCUGGUCUGCGGGUACAUGCUCUCGGAGAAUAUCUCCCACGGGUUGUUGCUGCGGAAGGUGCCUGUGUUGCAGUACUUGUACUAUCUGGCGCAGAUCGGGAUAGCGAUGAGUCCGCUGUCGAACAAUAGUCUCUUCUUGAACUAUCAUAGGAACCCGUUGCCGGAGUAUCUGGCCAGAGGGCUGGUUGUUUCGCUUUCUACUGAUGAUCCGUUGCAGUUCCACUUCACCAAAGAGCCGCUGAUGGAGGAAUACAGUAUCGCAGCUCAGGUAUGGAAGUUGUCAAGUUGUGACAUGUGCGAGCUGGCCAGAAACAGCGUGUUGAUGUCAGGUUUUUCUCACAAAACCAAGCAGUACUGGCUUGGUCCGAACUAUACAAAAGAGGGGGUAGCAGGAAACGACAUAGCCAGAACUAACGUCCCAGACAUCAGGGUGGCUUUCAGAUACGAAACCCUGAUAGAUGAACUGUCAAACAUCUUCAAAAGCCAUACUAAAGAUGAAUAACUAUAUUGUGGGAGAUAUAUAGCGGUUUUUCUGGAAACUGUUCUGCAGCUAAAACCUUGAAAUGUCAAUAAAGGCGUAUUUGGCGUGCAGAGAAGUUUUCAUACUGAACCGGGAAUGUUAUGUAUGUACAUUCUAUUCUGAGUCGAAACGUUAAAAAAAUGGUUGUUGAAGAGGGUAAGGAUAGGGCCAAAUACGGAUCCUUGAGGUACGCCACAUAUUUCUGACGAUGUAUUUUUGGGGGAAUAUUAUUGGAAAAAUCCAGGUUAUUGCUGUAUUCUGGGACUACAUAAUCAACACUGGCAUAUUUCGUUAUAAGAUAAGCCUUUUUAGGCUAUAUCCAAAUAGUAUAUCCACAUUUUUGUUAAAUAAGUAGACAUAUUGUGUUUACACUAGAAAAUAUUCCACGGGAUAAAAUAUCUGCGAUUUUAUUUAUUAACAGAUGAUUAAUAUAUUAGUUUGAUUGUGAUGAAACUGAGCCUUAACUAUAUCAAUUAUCAUUUUUAUCGAACUUGUUAGUUCUUCCACGUCUGAUAUAGAUAUUUUUAUAGCGAUUUUUAUACAUCUUUCUAUUUUGUUUCACCCGAGAUUCUUUAUUGUACUGUUGAUUAUUGCUGAGUAUUACUGUGGGUGGGACAUGGGAAUUAUCGAUCUCUAGAUGUAGUUCAAGUCAACAGCUAUGUAAGUAAUGAUUCAGCUGUUGUUUUUAAGCUUGACAUGUGACAUUCAUUGCAUUCAGUCUGAAUGGUUUGAUUUUUACUGCUCAAGAGAUCGGCUAGUUCUUGGAAAACCACCUGCAUCAUUACAACAUUUCUAAAAUGUAUGAGAAUAAAAUAUACUUUAUGUCGAA